ACGACCGGCUGGCCUGACCUGACUGCCGCAAUCUAGCAAUAGCAGUCAAAUUCACUUGUCGUCGUUGUUUGAUCUUUACCUCGCGGUCUAAUUAAGUGUAAUAUUAAAACAAAACUAUUAUUCGAAACUGUGCCCAUGGCCGACAAGGAGUAUAUUCUCGGAAUGGACAUAGGGACCACUUCAGUUAAAGUGUGUGUUUACGAUCCCGAUACGAAAGAAAUAAUUGCUAAACAAAACAAGGAUACUGCAGCCAACAUUCCCAGUGACCAGGGCAUCGAGGGGAACAAGCAGGAUGUACCAAAAAUAGUUUCAGAUGUGCACUACUGCGUGUCCCGACUGCCGAAGGAUGUUCUGCGGCAUGUUAAGAAAAUCGGUGUUUGUGGCCAGAUGCAUGGAGUGGUGCUGUGGAAGAACACUGAGAACAAGGCUUGGGACAAAGUGGAAAAGGACGGAAACGUGAUUAGAUUUGAAGCCGUUAGGGAGAACAUGUCGGCGUUGUACACGUGGCAGGACACGAGAUGUAAGCCGGAGUUUUUAGACACCCUGCCCAAGCCUGAUUCCCACCUAAAGUGUUAUUCAGGAUACGCGUGCGCCACGUUCUUGUGGAUGCUUAAACAUAAACCUGAAAUAUUGAAGAACUUCAACUGCUCAGGCACCGUGGAGGACUUUGUAGUGUCAAUGCUUUGCGACUUGGACGUCCCCGUUAUGUCCAACCAAAACGCUGCCAGCUGGGGUUACUUCAAUACUGAAAAGAACGAAUGGAAUGUUGACAUAUUACAGUCGAUCGGCUUUCCGGUCAACCUCCUUCCGAAAGUUGUGAAAAGCGGAGAAUUCGUCGGUAAAUUGAAUUCUUCCUGGAACGGCAUCCCUGAAGGCACACCAGUAAGCGCGGCACUAGGAGACUUGCAAUGUUCGAUAUUGGCGACUCUAGAAAAUAACCAGGACGCUGUCUUAAAUAUUUCAACGUCAGCUCAGCUUGCUAUUAUCGCCAAUAGCAUAACCGACCUCGGUUGCAGCACCGUUGAGCAUUUACCUUACUUCGGGAACACAUAUUUGGUCGUAGCCGCCUCACUGAAUGGAGGAAACGUUCUCGCAACAUUUGUAAAAAUGCUGCAGCAAUGGAUGCUGGAAUUCGGUUUCCCUAUUCCCCAGUCGAAGCUUUGGGAGAAGCUGAUUACGAUCAGUUCGGCCGCCCCGCCGCCGACGUCGGAAAUGAAAAUAAUCCCUCAUUUAUUAGGCGAGAGACAUGCGCCGACAGCCAAAGUCUCGGUGGCCGACAUUGACCUGUCCAACAUUCAUCUGGCUUCGGUAUUUCGGUCGCUGUGUGACAGUUUGAUUCAGAACUUGCACUCCAUGAUGCCUAAAGAAAUAUUGCGUAACGCGAAUAUUAAAAGAAUAGUUGGGAACGGGUCGGGAUUGUCGCGGAACGUAGUUUUGCAGCGAGCCGUGGAGCAUUACUACAGCCUGCCGCUGGAGUUUACGUCGGGGGGAGAUGCGGCCAAAGGUGCAGCUGUGGCUGUGGCGGGGAAAUAAACUAUUAUAGU